UGGGUCAUUCAUGCUUCGCCCCGUCUUCUACAGUUAGACGGCUCACAAUUAUAUGAACAGAUCAUCGGGGGGUCACCAAUUGAGCCACGAGCUGUGUGCCGUCAUCAUGAUGCGUUUUGGUCAGAUCGAUUCCAUUCUAAAUUGCGGUGCAGUUGGUACGAGAUGGAGAAAAUUCAUGGAGCCAGACAUCGCCACCUUUGCAGCCGCAGACAUCGAUCCAUCCAGCAUCAAGUCCAUGCAUUGUCAGUUCAAGCAAGAUUCGAUUUCAUUCAAGGUUCCAUCGUGCCGAAUGUAUUUUGUGCCCUCAAUUCGUCCAGACGGUUGGUGUGUAUAUGCGAUGGACUUCGUAAGGAAGCACAUCACUGUACUAGACCCCGUAGCUGGAUCAUCUGGGUUCAGCAACAAGAAUAUCAAGGUCCACGAGCACGUUAGCAACAAAAUAUUGGACUGUCUGAUCAAAUGUGCAAAAGAGUUCUAUUCGGACUGGCCUCACAAAACAGAACGAUGGUCAAGGAGCUUCCGAAUGAUAACAGAAUGUAAUUUCAACAGCGUCGACUCCGGGAUAUGCUUGACAUACCUUGCCAAGUUCUUCGACGGAGAAAGGCUGGUGAAACCAAUGAAUAAAGAAAAUGUUGAUCUUCACCGUGCAGUCUUGCUGUACGAUGUUAUGCGUCUAGACGCGAACCUCUCCCACCUAUCAGCAAACGUGCUUGAGUUCAUCAAGACAUCGUUCCACCUACUCUGAAGAGAGGCCUGUGCAUGGAAUGCCAAACUUGCAGAACCUGUGGCUUUUUUUAUAUCCGUGACGUCUGUCGCACUUGAGUUUCAUUUAGACACUGUAGUAAAGCCAGACUUGUCCUUUUCUAUUUUUUUUAUCAAUUCCAUAUGUGUAGACAUGUCUGCUUUCAAACAUAUAAAAGACCCGUGGAACAAUGAUGAAGGUUGCUCCCAAAACGCCUAUUCAUAAAUGAUUCUGUUUCUUUUAUCC